AAUCAGCUGAUCAUAGUUUUUGGUGUUUUAGCCUCUGCCUCGUACGGUCAUAUUGUUGAUAAAUUUUUAUUGCGGCGCUCGGUCGUUAUUCGGACGUAAAUUAAAAUAAAUUUGGUCGCCCCACUCAGUGCGGAACGAAAUGCGGUUGCAAAAAUCUAUCUAAAUUAAUUUUAACCAUCCAAAGUCAGCUAGGGCGGUCGUGUCAAGUGAAAUAGUCAACAUUUUAGUCAAAAAAUUACUACUAGAACAGCGCGUGCCCCUUUCCCCCGCUGUUGUAAUCGUGUUGUUCGUUGUGCGUGUGUGUCGUCACGGGUAAAAAGUGAAAUUAGCUACCCAUAGGAAUUCAGUUAACAUAGCGGAAUAUCUCCGACUGUCUAAAUUUGGUGUGUCUGUGUUUGUGAAGUGAUUUUAAAUAAAAUAAACAAAACUGGCCCAGUCUCAGGCUACGACCGAUAGGCUAUCCUCGUUCCUCAUGGACGAGGAGGAGGAGGAAGUCACCGAUCUGAAGCUGCAAUUGUUUCACAAUACAGUACGCGAGCACAUUAUUUUCUUGCUGCUGAUCAUUCUGCUGUACUUUAGCUCCUAUGUGGUCGUCUCACGUUUUCGGCGACGCGAUCGUGACGAUCUCUAUUCGAACGACGAGGACGAGGUGCUGGUGUAUCGCAUAAGCUUUUGGCUCUGCACAUUCACACUGGCCGUCGCCGAGGGGGCUGCCAUGCUGCUGCCAGUCUCCAUAGCCAGCAACGAGGUGCUGCUCUUGUAUCCCAACAGCUACUACGUGAAAUGGCUCAACAGUUCCCUCAUACAAGGUCUCUGGAAUCAUGUGUUUCUGUUCUCCAAUCUGUCGCUGUUCAUCUUCCUGCCGUUCGUGUAUUUGUUCACCGAAUCCACGGGCUUCGUGGGCCACAAGAAGGGCAUACUGCCGCGCGUCUACGAGACCUUUACAGUAUUCAUGCUGAUGGCCAUCAUUGUGCUGGUACUCACUGCAGUUCUAAGCGCAGUUUUCGGGAUUGAAAAACUACAGUUCUUUUGGUUUUUAAAUCUGGGCAGUGUUCACCUGCCGUUCCUUUAUUCCUGUGUCUCGUUUCUGGGCGUAAUGCUGAUGCUCAUUUGCACUCCCUGCGGAUUUGUGCGUCUGUUUGGCGUUGUCAACCAGGUGCUGGUGCGUCCCAUGCUGCGGCGGGAUGUGAACGAGGAGUUCGACGUCUUCUCCAUGGAGGAGGCGAGCGUCAAGCGGAAGUUGGCCCACAUUGAGCUGCACAACGUGAGCAUUGCGGAUGCCACCAAUGGCCACCAUCGAAAUGGACGCAGUCGUGGAUACCAUCACCCGUCCUUGCUGCAACAGUCGCUGGAGCAUCUCUACCAGCGCAAGGCGACAGGCUUUAACGCGAGUGAACAGCAGCUGAACGAAAGACUGAGAGAAUUGGACUGUGAGCGCAUGGAGCUGGACAAACAGCGCAAGUCGAGCACGUUCCAGCGUUCGUUUGUCUAUCCGCUGGCCAUGCUGCUGCUGCUCUUCUGCACGGGCAUGACCAUUCUGUUGGUGGUGCAAAACACGCUCGAGCUGCUCAUAGGAAUCAAGGCUCUGCCGUUGAGCACAAGACAAUUCACGCUGGGAAUUUCAUCGCUGUCGAAGCUGGGACCCUUUGGCGCCGGACUGGAGGUUUGCCUCAUCUUUUAUCUGGGCGCCACCUCUGUGGUGGGCUUCUACAGCAUGCCCUUCAUGCGCACUGUGCGCCCCAAGCAGCACCAGACCUCACUGCCCCAGCUAAUGCUCAACUGUGGCUUCAUGCUGGUCCUAUCCUCGGCCCUGCCGCUGCUCAGCAGGAUUAUAGGCAUUACAAACUUCGAUCUGCUGGGGGACUUUGGUGCCAUCGAGUGGCUCGGGAACUUCCAGAUUGUUUUGCUCUACAAUCUGGUGUUUGGCACAACCACAGCGCUGUGCUUGGCCAACAAGUUCUCGGCCACCGUGCGACGUGAGCUGCGUGCCCGGUUAGUAGAAAACUAUGUGCUCUUUACUAACUACAUGAGCUUCAUCAACUGAUAUCUGUGGAAGCGACGGCACAACGUGUCUCUCCGGCAGCUGCAGAGUCACCUCCAGCCGCUGAGAUGCUUUGUCGAGUCGCCGCUUACGAGCUUAAGUAGAUUCUAUGCCAAGUACCAUAAUCUAAGUUUUAGGAGCAGUCGCAAUACCACCGCUAGUCGCAAGGCAAACGAAAUGAACUGUUGAGAGACAUAAGGUUGAGAUGUGAGUUGACACCGACCGCCAGAUAUAUAAUACAUACCUUAUACAUAUGUUCUAUAUACACGUGUUAGCUUAGGCAGAACUGAUAUUCGUAUAUAACCAAUUGUUGCGCCGUUUACUGUUGUGCUUAAUUGUUGUACUUCACAUACUAGAGGAUGGCCCCAUCCCAUGGCCAGAAAUCUCGCCAAUGUAAAUAUUAUAUAUUCGCAAAAGAAGUACUGCGGCAUACGUUUCGUACGUUUCGAUUUUAGAUCUAGGACCUGCCCCAUUGUCCGCUCUCGUUUAGGGAUACUUUUUUUUUUUCGUAUUUUAACUCCUUUUGUCGGUCAGAGUCAAGCGAUGUCGCUCAUCUAAUUUUAAAUUUAUAUAUCUUUAAAUGUCUAAUAUUGUCUGCUAUUUAUUUAAGUUACAAGAAUGUUCCUUAUUCACGCGCCUCGACUGAGGCGCGCACCCCCCUCUCCCUUUCCCAAAUACUUCAUUAUAUCGCAUACUCAAUAAUUUGUAACACACGUACACAAACAUGCAUCUAAGGAUUAUGUGAUACAACUAAAAUAAAAUAGGCAAUUUUAACAAAAA